AAUUUGGUGUGUUUAAAAAUGUUGUAUGGGUAUGACUGAUUGACUCUCAAGCUCUCAUGCAGCACAGUCGCCUCACAUCAAGGAGGAGAAUAAAGUCCCUAGCUUGGACAACUACAUUUCUGUGAAGUGGCAUGUUCUGCUCAUGUUUGUGGGAUCUCUGUGUUCCACCUUUCUCCAGUACCACACAGUGAGGAUACUGGGCCAAUGUGAGUAUCAAUCACUGUCUUUACUGUAGUUGUGGUUCUUUUAAUAAGUGUUAACCAAUCGCUGGUCUCCUACUCAGAUGACACUGAGAUGCUUUGAGAUACAACUUUAACAGUAGCAUUGAUUUUUUUUUCAAAGUUUGCUUCCACGAAACCUGAGCUCUUUGAAAUGAUCUCAUACAGUAUGAUGAAACACAUGACAGUUCAAAGGCUGUGGUUAAUAUAAAUGCAGAGACAGAAAAAAGUGGGUAAGCACUCAUCAUGUUUGCUUCAGUGGCUCUAUUUGUUGCUGUUCUUCUUGUCCUGCUGUUUCUUUUUCAAACAAACGUAUCUAAAAACUUUCCUUCAGGUCCUCGACCUAUUCCUAUGCUUGGAAAUGUGCUACAACUCAAUCUGAUGAAUCCCAUUGCAGAUCUGGAGAGGCUGGCCAAACAGUACGGCAAUGUCUACAGUCUGUUUAUCGGUCCCAGACCGACAGUUGUCAUCAAUGGUCUACAUGCGUUGAAAGAAGCCCUGGUCAACAAAGCUGCAGCCUUCUCUGGCAGACCAGAAAACCUCAUGAUCAAUCAUGCUUUUCAAGAGAAAGCUCCAGGAAUGGCAAUGGCAGGUUUUAACUCUUCUUGGAAAGAACAUAGACGCUUUGGUGUUAUGACCAUGCGAAACCUUGGACUAGGCAAGCAAUCUAUGGAAGUAAAGAUUCUGACAGAGAUACGUCGCAUCAUAACACAUCUGGAACAGAGUGUUGGUAAGGACAUAGAUCCUCACCUGCUUUUUCACAACGCAAUGUCUAGUAUCAUGUGCCAAGUCCUGUUUGCCAAACAGUUCGACUAUGACUCUGAACAGAUUAAGUUUUUUACUGAAUAUUUUCACGAGACCUCCAAGCAGUUCAAUGGCUUCUGGGGUAUGAUUUACGACUUUUUCCCCAUGCUGCGCAGCCUGCCCCUGCCCUUCCAAAAAACCUUUAAGCUGUUCCGGGCUGCACGUGGAAUAUAUUUAGAGAUGUUGGCUGACUGCAAAUGGACCAGAGAUCCUGGCAAACCGAAACAUUUCAUGGACUGUUACCUGGAUGAAAUGGAGAAGAGGGGAGACAAUGACGUGUCAUUCUAUGAAGACCAGAUGUGUGCAGUUAUUACUGAGUUUCAUUAUGGUGGGACUGACACGACGGCCAACACUCUGCUCACUGCCUGGCUCUACCUGAUGAACUACCCACACAUACAGGAAAAGUGUCAGCUGGAAAUAGACACAGUUCUAGAUGGGAAGGAUGAAGCCAGUUUUGAAGACAGAAACCAGAUGCCCUACGUACAGGCUGUUAUUCAUGAAAUCCAGAGGAUUUGUAGCGUUGCUCCUCUCAGUCUUUAUCAUCGCACCACUCAAGACACAGAGCUUAUGGGAUUCACUAUACCAAGGGGAACCAUUAUCAUCCCCAACCUGUCCUCAGUGUUGUUUGAGGAAGGACAGUGGAAGUACCCUCGUGAAUUCAACCCUGAAAACUUCCUCAAUGAGGAGGGAGAGUUUGUGAGACCAGAAGCCUUUGUGCCUUUCUCUAUAGGACCACGGAUGUGUCCUGGAGAGGCCCUGGCUCGUAUGGAGCUCUUCCUUGUCUUAGUGAGUUUGCUGAGGAAGUUCAAGUUCAUCUGGCCUGAAGAUGCAGGAGAGCCAGAUUUUACUUCAAUUUUUGGGUUAACCCAGAGCCCCAAACCCUAUUACAUGAAGGUCCAGCUCAGAGGAACUGACUGAUGGGGUCAGGAUCUAGUCAGUCCAAGAAACAAUCAUGUAACCCUACAUUUUAAGCAAGGUCAAAGUUUGAGCCUGUGAAUUUGCUUCAGUACAACUAUGAAAUAUAUUGUCUUCUUAUUUGACAACUAGAAGAUCUUUCCUUUCCAGUGAUACCAAGCAAAUAUAAUCAAAUAUAAUGUAGCUCCUAUCAUUUAGCACAGUGUUUCCCAACCUUUUGAACCUUGGCACAUAUUUUCUAUUAGAAGAAUCCCAAGGCACAGUCCCUAGCGAAAGUAUUCAUCCCCCACUUGACAUGUUUUGGUGCCUCACAAACUGGAAUUAACAUAGAUUGUUUGAGGAUUUGCGUAAUAUAAUUUACAGAACAUGCCUACAACUUUGCAGAUGUUUAUUUUUUUUUUUUAUUGUGAAGCAAAUAACAAAUAGGAAAAAACACAAAAAAGGCAAUAUGCAUAACUGUUCACCCCCCUAAAGUCAAUACUUUGUAGAGCCACCUUUUGCAGCAAUCACAUCUCCUCUAUGUGGCAAGCUUUAUGAGCACAGGCAUCUUUAAAUCUGACCACAGAUUUUCUAUUGGAUUGAGGUCUGGGCUUUGACUAGGCCACUCUAACACAUUUACACGUUUCUCCGUAAACCAUUCAAGUGUUGCUUUAGCUGUGUGUUUUGGGUCAUUGUCCUGAUGGAAGGUAAACCUCCGUCCUUGCCUCAAUUUACACACAGAGUGGUGCAGGUUUUGUUCAAGAAUAUCCCUGUAUUUAGCACCAUCCAUCUUUCGCUCAACUCUGACUAGUUUUCCAGUCCCAGAUGCUGCUGAUGGGUUUGCGCCAGACAUAGCGUUUCCUUUAAUGGCCAAAAAGUUCAACUUUAGUCUUAUCAGACCAGGGCACCUUCCUCCAUACAUCUUGGGAGUCUCUCACAUGCCCUUUUGCAAAAGUUUGAUUUUGCUGAAAGUAAUGGCUUUCUUCUGGCCACUCUGGUAUAAAGCCCAGCUCUAUGGAGUGUAUGGUUUAUUGUCAUCCUAUGGAUAGAUACUGUGGAACGCUGCAGCUCCUCCAGGGUUACCAGGGUUCUCUGUGUUGCCUCUCUGAUUAAUGCUCUCUUUGCCUGAUUAAUGCUCUCUUUGCCUUUUGGUGGGUGGCCGUCUCUUGGCAGAUUUGCUGUUGUGCCAUGUUCUUUCCAUUUGGUUAUGAUAGAGAUGAUGGUGCUUCUGGGGAUCAUCAAAGAUUUGGAUAUUUUCUAUACCUAACCCUGACACUUAGAUUGCACACAGGUGGACAUCAUUUAAUUUUAAUUAUGUCUCUUCUGAAGGUAAUUGGUUGCGCCAGAGCUUUUUAUGGACUUCAUAACAAAGGGGGUGAAUAAAUACGCACAUGCCAGUUUUCUGCUUUCUAUUUCUAAAAAAAUAGUUUUAUGUAUAUAUAUUUCAUUCAUUUCACUUUCACUAACUUAAAACAUAAAAUUCACAUUCACAUUUAGUACCUAAGCAGAGGAGAUUGAUGACUUUUUGUUUUCCAACAUUUUAUUACUUUAUUACUGUCUGACGACUAUGUACUUUGGUAUUUAACACGGCACUGCCCUCUAGUGGUAUAGCAUGUCACUGUACUGACUGUCACUAUAUGCCACGGCCACCAGUGAUAAGAAAAUACUGAUUUAGCAAAAGCUUCCAUUUUAUUUUGAAUUUGCAUGUUAUAAACCUAUGUAUCAAUAUUGGAAACUAGCUGUUUAGUGGCUGACACAUACAGUAUUACUAUGAGCUCUUGUAUUUUUGUGUUGUUUUUUUUUUAUAGACGUAGCUUAUAACUGCUUGACUGACCAUACUGUACUACUACUAAUAAUAAUUGUAAUGAUUAUCAUAAUUUCAGAAGCGCUCUUUCUCUUGCUUUAGUCUCACUAUUACACUACACUAUUACUCAAUAAAUUAAAUUAAAUUCAUUACAUUUUGGCACAAGUGUAUUGCUGCCCUCUACUGGUACUGUAUGAUACCAUGGUAUAUUUGUUGCCUCUGAAUUCUAAAUUAAAGUAAUUUAAAUAAAGUAAUUUAAUAAAAAAAAUAUAUUUUAUCCUACAUUUGCCUUGACAACAGGUUAACAUACAUAUAUAAUCUGUUGUUGAUAGCUGCAUAACGUCAGUGAUUUAUGUAAGUUAUGGCAACAUUUAUAUUUAGUUUAGUUUUAGUAUUUAGUUUAUACGAAUAAAAAACUACAGUACAUCCACUACAUUACAUCACUAGCUCCACAAAAACACAAUAAUUAUCUGCUCAGUGUAAAGUAAAAACGACCUGUUGUUCAGCUGCUUGUUACAAAAACAAUAAAAAUAACAAUAUUAUAAUGUGUCCUGUUCCUCUUUUAGGUUUAUUACCUAAUAUUUGAAACGUUGAAAUGACUAAAUUCUGCAAUUUCAGUAUCAUCAAAUAACAGUGUAAUAAACCUGAAAGUAUAAAGGUGACAGCUUGUGACAGUAUUUACAUGCUGUUCAAAGUUUUAAAAAUG